ACGGCUCGGCUACCUCGGCAAAGCGCGCGGCAAUGCUUCUGCUACUCGAUAGCGACAGCUCUGAGUCGGAAAGCUCAAGUACUGACACGAGUGAUUCGUCGGACAGCGACAGCGACGCUAAAGCUUGCGCUUACGAGCGGGAAUUUAACAAGUUGUUCCGCAUUCCCGCGAAGAGGCCCAAAGUCGUCAGCUUCAUCGAGGACGUCGUUCGGCAGUACUCGGACCACGAGUUCCGGAGGCACUUUAGGCUGGCUCGACCUGUGGCCGAAAAGUUGGUCGCGGAGUUUGCUGUCUCGACAAUGUGCCCUUCGAGCACACACGGAGGAGUUCAAGCGAAAUCCGCGGAAACGCAUGUCUUGACAUUUAUCUGGUACGCGGCCAACAAAACCUGCAUGCGAGACGUGGCAAGCCGUUUCGACAUGUCAGAAAGCACCGUGUACAGAGUUCUUCAGAGAGUAGCACAGUUCCUGAUGACGCUGGGACCAUCGGUGAUCAAGUUUCCCGCAGACUUGGAGAACCUCACUAGCAGUUUUGAGAAGGUGUCUGGAAUGCCUGCUGUUAUUGGCUGUAUAGAUGGAUCGUAUGUCAAGAUACAGUGCCCAGCCAACAAGGUUGCCUCCACAUACUGCAACAGGCACCAUUACCUUUCACUAACGCUGCAAGCCGUCUGUGACCACAAGAGGCGCUUCCUCGAUGCGUUCACUGGAACCUCCAGCAAAAUGCAUGAUUCUCAUGUGUUUAGCUUAUCGCCUCUUUCAAAGAACAUAGCUUCAGUAUGUCAGGGCCGUUAUCAUAUAUUAGGGGACGCAGCAUAUCCGCUGCGGGAGUACCUGUUGACACCAUACAGGGAUUACGGUGCAAUGAAUAAGCAACAAAAAAGCUUCAAUUUUAAGUUUUCAGGCACACGAGUGCUCAUUGAAAAUGCAUUCAGCACACUCAAGAAGCGCUUCAGGCAGCUCAUGUACCUGGAGUUGCACACUAUCCACUGGCUCAAUAAGUUUAUUAUAAGCUGCUGUAUCCUUCAUAACUUGUGCAUCGAUUACGGUGAUGAAGAGCCAGAUGAUGAUAAUGAUGAUGAUGGAGCACCCAAUGCUAUUCAGUGGGAGAACUGCACAGAUAACCACAGUGAUAAAACUGAUGAGGAGCGAGCUUUGCACAAGCUUGGCGAAAUUAAGCGUGCAAAGGUAUUGACCAAGCUCCUGCAAAGUGAUUGUGGGAAAUAACACCAUAAUUCUCUGUUUUGUCUGAACUGGCCCUUUAGUUCCCCACAGUAGUUUGGAGGCUGUGUGUGUGCACCAAUGCGCAGCCCCCUUUAUAUACACAAACACAUGUUUUGCACUGCACAUUUUAUUUCAACUAGCUAAUAGUAUUUUAGUCCACUGAAAUUAUUCAUUGUCUAGGCCAAGAAAUCGGCUCAAAAGCUUCAUUUUUUCUUCGUGUUGUUUUGCUUUUUCUUGCCGAAUGCGCUCCUUCUGCUCUUGCCUCUCUUGAUGACGCUUCCUUCUUUCAUUCUCGCGUUCAGUGUUUUUUUUCUUUUUCUUCCUGAAUUUUCCUCAUUUCAUCAAAGAAGUGAUUCAUUUCCAGUAAUCUAGAAGCCGAGGGUUUCGGCUUUUUGGGCUCAGGCUCCUUCGUUGUGCUGGUAGACUCCUGGCUAGUUGAACCUUGGCUUGUCAGCUCCUGGCUCCCUGAUGCUUGGCUCGUCGACGCUUGUCUGGGUGGUCUUUUUAUGGAGACUAUUCCAGAGCUGUCCCUGAGCUCUUCUGGCUGAAGGCUGUCAUCUAGCCAGCGUAUUUUGGCAAUGUCAUCUUCAAAAGGAACGUCGCAAGGAGAAUUCCCCGAUUUGCUGUUAUGUGCUGCAGCGCUUCUUUUUCGUCGCAUGACUGUUUUGUAGCGGCUGCAGCACUGGUCACCUGUUUUAGGGACCCCGACAGCCUCUGUAAUGUCGGCCGCUAUUUUGGCAAACAUUGCCUUUUUAUUUUUAAAUUUUUUCAUCGGCCCUAUUUGGGAAAAAUACUGCUGGUAGUACUCGAGCAACAGCUUUGUUUCUCCCGCCGUCCACUCACAGCCUGUACCUGAAAAAAAAAGUGCUUGAGACAUUUGUACAGACGUUACCAGUUGCACGUCACCCGACACAGUUGUUAGAGAGUUGUGGUAUUCUGCUGUGUUGGUAUUAAUGUAGAGCUUAUAGGCAUAUAUAAGCACCAACCUGUUUUAGUUUGUCUUGAUAUCGAUUUUUCUACUUUGAUUUUUGUCGUUACAGUGCUUGGUGUUCUUUGCACUGAUCUAACUGUAUAUAUCAUGUAUAAUUCAUUACUUGAAUGCAUUUGUAUCCUCUCCUGCUAGGGCCUCUAAAUGGGCCUGCAGUUUUCUCUAAAUAAAUAAAUAAAUGGACUCACUGCGUUGCUCGC